AUGGAUAUAAAUCGGCGACGUUACAGAGAAGCGUCGCUUAGGACGUUCGAGCCAUUCCUUAAAGAAUAUGACUCCCUGCUGCGUUAUAUACUCACCGAAGUACAACACUUUAAGAAUGAAGUAAAGCAGCUCAAGAAGGAAGCACUCAUACUAGUCGAUAACAAUCGCUGCCUACACCGAGAUCUGAGGCGCCAAGUGGAACAAAACUUAGCGUCAGACCCGCCCCAUAGCAAUCAACUUUUAAGAGACCUUCAAUCUCAUUUGGACGCAGUUACAGAGGACAAAAAUAUCACGUCCAAAAUGCUUCAAACAGCGCUACAAGAGAUUGAACGCCUCGAAGGUCAGCUAGAGGUAUGGAAAAAAAAUGACUUUGUUGAUAGAGAUACCCUUAACCAAUGUGUAGAAAAAGUAAAGACCGACUGUGAAAAUAAGUAUGUGGAGACGUUCCGCGAGUUGGAAAAAACAAAAAGUGAGCUCUUUGAGGCCCAGAAAAAUCUUCACACCACGAAGUUGCGUAUGGCACGCUACAGUGAACCAGUUUAUGUUAUUGAAAACCAGCUUCAGGAAAAGGAAAAAAAACUAGAUGAGGUCCUGCAGCACCUGCAACAAACUCAGGAGAAACUAAUUUUGGCAGAAGAAGAGCGGACAGAAGCCAUUUCAAGGCUCGCAGCAGUUGAAGCUCACUUGACUAAGUCCUGCAUGGAAAGUGCUAACAACUCACAAGAAUUGAAGGCCUAUAGGAACCGAAGCAAGGCACUGCAAGAGCAACUCAGCUCUGCACUGGAGCACGCUGAGGAAAGUGUCAACAUGACAGAACGAGCACUUCUUGAGAAACAAGAAGCGCAGCUGAGGAGCGAUUUGCUGGAAAAUGAAGUUAUGGAGUUGAGAACUUCGCUCGAAGCUGUGGUGGAGGAAGCUGCUCAGCAUACAGCAAAUGAGGUGGAAAAGUUUCGCGAGAAAGGAAACCAACGCAUAAAGGAACUGAUCAAGCAAAUUGGACAGCUUCAGCAGGCCUUGCAGCAGCAGCAGUCGCUUGCAGCUCAACUGUCCGAAGAAAACAGCAGACUGAGGGAGGAGCUGGAACGCUUCAGAAACAGUCAGGUUGACUUGAGGCUGAACAGAGACCCUGCUUUUCUGGCACUUAGCCAGACUCUGAUGCAGGCGGAAAGAAUGUGCCAGAAACAUCGACUCACUGCAGAUUCUUUGCAGGACAAAUUGUUACACCAAGAAAAACAAAGCGCCUUCAAGAUAAAGCAGAGGGAGCUGGAGAUCCAACGACUCCAGAAUUUAUUACAGGAGGCCGAGAAACACGCCGACCAACUGCAGCGAUCGAUGGUUGAAGCUGAGCACCAAACGGCAGAGCUUCGCCGAAAAGCGCACACACUAGAAGCGGAGUGUAUCGCUCUACGAAAGAGACACCCUGCCGAGGUGACCACCCUAACCGAGGCACUCGAUCAGGAGAAAAUAGUCUACAGCAUGAAGUUGCAACAGAUGCAAGAUACUUUUGAAAAAAAACUAAUGAAUGCACAGGCACUGCUACAAGCCCAGCAGGCUGUGAAUGACAAGUGGAAAACAGAGGCAUCUAGGAUGGCAUCAGAAUUCGAAACAGAAUUGCUUGCUGCCAGAAAAAAAAUAUCUGCGCUAAAGAAGGCAAACAUGGACUGGGAAAAGAAAGCUUACCACACGGCAAAGGAAAUUCAAAAGGUGUGUCAAGCCAAAUUUCAAUAUUUCCUUUGA